UUUUUUUUUAUGUGGCCGUCAUCCCACGAUCCAUCCCGCCCGCGUCCCCAUCGCUCGAAGAACUCCGAUGAACAGAUAAGAUAAUUGGACUACUACUAGAUAGUAGUAUAACCCCAGAGUCCAAACAGAUCCCAUCGACCCCGCGGAAAAUAUCAUCCACCAGCUCACCAAAUUUCCUUCUUGUAUCAUCAUCUCCUUCCAAAUUUCCAAUCUGUUCUUUCGCUCCGGAACGCCGAAAAAUUUCCUCCCUUUUUUCAAACCCAACAGCCCCCAAUCCCAAUCAGGGUUCAGUCGGGGGCCGGCCGCAUAUAUAUAAUCGUGACUUUGGGGUGCGCAGGCACAUCAUUCUUCUCUCCUACCCCCACUACGGACCUUCUCCGUUGCUCGUUGGUCUUCGCCUUAUCCCCUGCUCGAGCGAGUGAGUUUUUGUUGCCGUCAUGGCGGAGGAGGUGGAGAGGGUGGCGCAGGAGCUGCGGGGAUGCUUCAGGUCGGGGCGGACGCGGCCGGCGGAGUGGCGGGCGGCGCAGCUCAAGGCGCUGGUGAGGAUGAUCGAGGACAAGGAGAACGACAUCAGCGACGCGCUCCACGCCGACCUCGCCAAGCCCCGCAUGGAGUCCUACCUCCACGAGAUAUCACUGGCGAAGGGGGCAUGCAUAUUUGCCUUGAAGGGGAUGAAGAAUUGGAUGAAGCCGGAGAAGGUACCUGCUGCCAUAACCACAUUCCCGUCCACUGCUACAAUUGUGCCAGAGCCCCUUGGUGUCGUGCUCAUCAUCUCGGCCUGGAACUACCCUUUCUUGCUGUCGAUUGACCCCGUAAUUGGAGCAAUCGCUGCUGGGAAUGCAGUUGUGCUGAAGCCAUCUGAAAUUGCACCGGCAACAUCAUCGUUAUUUGCUAAGCUGCUACCUGAGUAUGUUGAUAGCUCCUGUAUUAAAGUUGUGGAGGGAGGCGUUGAUGAAACAACUGCACUGUUGGCACAAAAAUGGGAUAAGAUCUUCUACACAGGAAAUGGACAUGUAGGCCGCAUAGUGAUGGCAGCAGCCGCAAAGCAUCUAACCCCAGUUGCUCUCGAGCUUGGUGGAAAAUGCCCUGUUAUUGUUGAUUCUAACGUCGAUCUUCACGUUGCUGUUAAGAGGAUUGCUGUUGGCAAAUGGGGCUGUAACAAUGGCCAGGCAUGCAUUGCUCCGGAUUACAUCAUAACAACGAAAACCUUUGUUACAGAGCUGGUUGACUCUUUGAAGAGAGUUUUGGAAAGGUUCUAUGGGGAGGACCCAUUACAAUCAGCAGACCUGUCUCGUAUUGUGAAUUCGAAACAUUUUCACAGAAUUGCAAAACUGAUAGAAGAUAAGAAAGUAGCCGAGAAGAUUGUGCUCGGGGGCCAGACAGACGAGAAGCAAUUAAAAAUAGCUCCUACUGUGUUGGUAGACGUUCCUCAUGAUACUGCACUUAUGACAGAGGAAAUAUUUGGCCCCUUGCUUCCAAUCGUGACGGUUGACAAGAUUGAAGAAAGCAUUGAGCACAUAAACGCCGGGACGAAGCCACUCGCAGCCUACCUCUUCAGUAGGAACAAGAAGCUGCAACAAGAGUUUAUCGCGAACGUCUCAUCCGGAGGAAUGCUCGUCAACGAUGUCGCGCUACACCUAGCGAACCCACAUUUGCCGUUUGGCGGCGUGGGCGACAGCGGGACAGGGUCGUACCACGGCAAGUUCACCUUCGACUGCUUCAGCCACAAGAAGGCGGUGCUGGUCCGUGGGUUCGGCGGCGAGGCGAAUGCCAGGUACCCGCCCUACACGCCGGAGAAGCAAAGGAUCCUGAGGGGCCUCAUAAAGGGCAGCUUUUUUGCGCUGAUCCUUGCACUCCUGGGGUUUCCAAGGGAGAAGAGGUAGCUGAGUUGAGGCCUCCCCAGCACAGCACAGCAUGACAGUGUCUGUUCAUGAUGGUCAUGGUUGUCUGGUGCACUGGAAAGCGGCAUCGGUACAUGCAUUUGGUAAACACAGGUGUACAAUACGGGAUUAUUUUCGGGUUUCUGGAUGUAAGUUAAUUUGAUUUUACAUGAAUAAGCAUGGUUUGCCAGUCUUCUUUUUUGAGAGAGAGUUUGCCAGUCAAUUUAGUGUGCAGAAUGGAGGUGAAGGUGUCCUGCUUGCAAGAAUUGUUCCUGAUGAUUCCUCA